GGCUGUGUAUGGAGGGUUGAGGAGGCGUUCAAGACUGCAAAUCACGGUUGAAGGCACGGCUGUUGUUGCAAAGGGCGUGGGGAUUGUUUUUUGUAUUAUUGCAUAGCUACAUGGAUCCUCUGGGUGUGAAGGAUGUAUUUGUCACCUCGCAGCUGUGUGUGAGCAUCAACACCUGCAAGAAAAUGGCCAAUUACGGAUGAAGAAACACUGUCGGCUUUUAUUCACCCUGACUGAACGUUUGACAUUUGAACGCACCCUGUGCGAUACUUCCGACAAAAUGCCGAAGGAUAAAUAAAUAGACUGAGCCGUAUCUAUUUUUCUCUAUAGCCUCAACUAAGCUGCUGCAUCUGCUUUCAUUAGGCUCUUAUGGCUUUUAUUAGUGCUACCAAUUCAGGAGAAUAGUGCGAUAAUCACAGCCGGUUCAAGUCCGAUAUGGCUGUGAGCACAUCUGAGCCGCUCUGUCAGCCGUGCGUUUACCAUGAAGCUUUUAAAGGGAGUGAAGAAAAAAAAGGGGGGAGAUGUCAGACAGGCCUACUGAUUUGGUUGCUGUGUGGUCAGUGGAGCUACAGGUGAAGAGACCUCUGAUGCCUGUCCAGCUGAGUCCAGAGCAGGUGGGCCUGGAGAUGUUGUGUCUUUGUGGGCAGCUGGACCUCCUCAUCAGGGCACAGAUGCAGCAGUUCCAGGAGCAGUUAGGACAAGGCUGUAGCCCAGAGGAGUCAGACACGUUCCAGGCUCAAGGAUCAGAGAUUCUUGACCAGAUGCUGCAGUGCCUUGAACAUCUACCAAAGCCUAUGCCACAGCUGGAGGACUACCUGGACAUGGUGGGUCUGUCAGUAAUGUUUCCUCGUGUAGAGGUGUUCCUUAUACAAGGGAGCCCAGUGGACAUGCUAGACAGGCCGCCAAUGGAAGAAUACUUCUUACACAUUGCCAAACUGAACCAGCUCCUGGUGCUGAGUCAACAGCUAGAGGAAGAUAUCAGGCACCUUGGAAGUCAUAAAUACAUUGCCCACCAGCUCUCGGUUAUUUAUCAAGUCAUCAGCUCUUUCAGAGGAAUUCAGGCUUUCUCUGAAGUGAAAAAAGACAUUGAGACCAACUUCAAACAGAUGAAGCAGUCUCUGGUGGGAAAGGAAGGCUCUAGGCAUGAACCUCAGCUGGCUGCCCACUACAUCAACUGGAUAUUAGAAGUAACUCAAAGCUUAACCUCAUUGGUGUUGAUGCUACCGGAGGAGCUGACAGAAGACCUUCACCCGGCCGUUAGCUUCAUGUCGCAGUUCCUGUCCUGACUUACCCACCCAACCAACGCCUCUGUAACGAUGAAUCCUGACGCCCUGAUGCAUCCGAUCUCUCCAGGAGCUUCUAAAUGAACUGAUGUUGUUAUGACUGUAAAAAGGUGCUAGACAUUUUGAUUCAACGGAUUAAUGGUGGGAUUGGAUAGCCUACUUUAUUUCACAAAUCAUGUCGGUUGUUACAUUGUCCUCCUCAAUGCGUACCUCCAUAUUAGUCCCUAUUGUGAGUCAGCUGUUUGGAAAUGAAUGGAAGCGUGUUGAAUCCUGGCUUGCACUACUGUUAAAACUACUGUUAACAUUUCCUUCUUUAAAAAAAAAAAAAAAAAGAACCUUAAGUGGAAUAAUAAAAUUGAAUGCAAUAGAAAAAUGCAUAUGCUUUCUCCCUGUCAUGUGAUCAUAAGUGUAACUUCUAGCAAAAGCUCCUUUUCCCCUUACUACUUGUGUAGGUGCCCAGCUUUGCAGUGAGACAAACACCAUUCCAAUAAAGGUUGAUGGUAUUGUAAAAGUGGAUUGUUGAAGUAACAUGAAAACUGCAUUUACAGAUUAGCAGUUUGAUUGGUUAAUGUUACAUUGUCCCUCAUAGAAACAUAGUAUAAUUAGUUAAAGAUCAACUGGAAACCUAUUUUCUAAUGAGCAACACAAGAUUUUCUGUGACAAUUUUGAUCAUUUGACAUGAGAGAUUUCUGUAUUUGUGUUUUUGUCUGAGCUCUCCCCACUGGUUUGAAGUGGGUGGGACUCUGUUGGAAAAGGGUGAUGUCAUGAUGUCAGGCCUUCUGGGGUCCCUGGUGGAAGAAGGUAAUUGUUUGGUAGGUGAUCAAACACACUUAGUGGCGGGAGGAAGUACAUCUACCAAAGGACUGAACUUAAGUGCAAAUCAGAUGUAUGUUACCUGAGUAUUUCCUUUUAUUCGUCAUAUAUCAUCAAUAUGUAAGAGGGAAAUACUGUAAUUUUAACUUCACUACAUUUAUCUGACAGAUGGAGUUACUAUAAUAUAAGUUUCUUUUAGAGGAAAUUUUUACAAAACAUCAGUUUUUACAUGAUACAUGAUGCCUUGUCUUAGAUUAAACAAGCCACAAGUAUAUAAGGAGAAUGCUCAUCUAAAAACACUGGUGUCUGUGUUAAUGAAGAUUUUUCAGAUUGCAUUAGGAAGGAGAGGGCCAAACUGCUUCCAUUUAUGAAUGAAGCCAGAAAGAGGGGAAACUUUGCUUUUAGUAGCUAUUAUCGACUCCUAGUUGAACCCCGUCAACAACAUCAGAUGGCAACUACCAAUGGAGUUUAAAUAAUUCCUCUCUUUGUACAUGCAUGAUGAUUUCUUCUGAUCCAGUCCACAUCCAUGGUGAUUUCUCCUUAUCCAGUCCACAUGCAUGAGGAUUUCUCCUGAUCCAGUCCACAUGCAUGAGGAUUUCUCCU